AUGGCUGAUAGAGAAAAGGCCCUCGUCGAAAAGGUUGAACUUCGUCUUGCGCUGGCAGAUUCUGAUGCCAAAUUUGAACACUCUUUAGGUAUCUAUUUGGCACCUUUACUUUUGAAAUUUGCUUCUCCUCAUGCAGCAGUGAAGAGCCAGGUUGGAAAAACCGUUCAAUUUCUUCUUUCAAGAAUCAAUUCGUCUCCAACAAUACAAUUACCGACAGAUGCUCUUUUAAAACAAGUACAACUUCCCCAGAUUCCCGAGGGGGAAAAUCCAAUCAUUGUCCAAUCCUACACUUUAGUGUUUCUAUCCAAGGGAAUCUCUAGGCUAUCCCAGGAAGAUCGGAAUCGGCUUAUUCCUAAAGUCAUUGAAGGUAUAUCAGGCUUCAAAUCAGUUAUCUCUGCAAGGUUGUUCAAUAUUCUUUGCAAAUUGAUAUUGAACUAUGAUACUUCUGAAAUCAAUGUCGACAAUGGCAAAAAAUUCAGAGAAUUCAUGCAAUUCGAUGGCGUCAAUCGUGCCCAAGAGGAUUACUUGAUUGACAAAUUCUACAAGUUCAGUCUUUUGCAGUCCAUUCAUUCCGAUUCAGAAGGUCGUAUACCGAAGGGUUUCUCCUUUCCGGGAUUAUCCAACGAGGACUGCACUUUCUUCACUUACGAUGCUGGUAUUACAUUUGAUUCUGCCACUUUGAGUAAGUAUAAAGUUGCCAUCUUGAAGUUUAUUCAGUACGGCUUCAAUGAAAGAAACACCCUUGUUUUCUUCACCGCAUCUGCCGAUACAAGCUCUGCCGUGGCCGAUUUGGCCUCAAAUCUUUUACGAAGGAGAAGCAUCAACCACGAAGAUCCAUAUCUUGUCGACAGCUUGAUCUCAAUGUUUCUUGGGGACCCCCAAACUUCAAGAUCUGCAGUGAGAGUUCAAUUGCAAGAGAAAAUCAUGAACUUCUUAUGCCAGAGUGAAAGAGCAGUCAAAGAUCCAUCCGUUGACAAGUUGAUGUCGAUUGGUCUGGACUCUCAGUACAGUAAGUUGAAGCGGGGUACUGUGAAAUUCAUUCGUUGGGUUAUCACUCAACUUUCCGCAUCAGGUAUAGAAGAUAACAACGAUCUUAACUCAAGCAUGGCAUUGCAGCUUAUGUCGAACUUACAGAAAGAUAAACAGGCUGAAGUAAACACAAAUAUGAGUGACUACCUUUUGCAGAGACGAUAUCAGUACGAAGCUUUAGGCCUUAUACUUAGAAGGUCGUCACAAAUCACAGACUUCUCCUUUAUUGACUUUUUAUUUGACAUGGUUCUUACAGAGAUCCCGGAAUUGAGGCCUUCUGCUCAAGAUGCUCUUUCAGGAUUGACUGUUCACUUACCUAACCUGGAAUCCUCCUCCAAGGAGAAGCUAAAACAAUUUCUCAAGGGAAUAAUCCAGUCUGAAAUCAAUCAACGACCGGUUAAAAGGGAAAAUGAGCUAGCUGCUCGCUAUAUGGCAGUUAAAUUUAUCAAUUGUGCGUUUCCUUUUAGCGAUCCCGAGGCAAGAUUACUAAAUAUCCAGGCUCAAUCUAAAGACGACAAACCAGAAACCAUUGAAGAGGCUAGCAAGGGUCUCAAUCCUUAUUGGUUUAGCCUUCUUCAAUCCUCCAACUCUAAAGAGUUCAAAUCCACUGAAGAACUAGUUGGACGCAAAUUAAGGAAGGAUAUUAAAUUUCCUGAAUUUGAUUCAAUGGUAAAGUAUAUGGCCACUGAACGUAUGGGCCAGAAUCUCGAUAAGGCAAUUAUAUUUACAUUGAGAUGCUUAGUGAUGGAGUCCGUAGAGAAUAUGAAGACUGUCAUUGUAAUAGACUCCGAGUGGGAAGAGAGAAUAGAAAAUGCUAUUGACUUUGAUCAUCAUGUCCGCAACUGCAUUGUAAGAAAGCUUGCCAGCUUAAAUAAUGUAACCGACGUUGACAGCGAUGGAGAUACUUCCAUGCACUCUUCUGAAUGUUCCCUUGAUAUAUUUUUGAAGCUAUGCUUUGAGCAGUUUUCGAGCACCAUAAAUCUUGAGGUAGGCAAGCGGUUGGCAAUGCUCAUUUCACUUUGUCCUUCUUCAACAAUCAGCAGAUUUGUUUCAGAGGUAGAUUCUUUACUGGAAAUCUUGGGAAAGACGUUUUCGGAUGAUGCCUCUUGUUAUAUAUCUGAGAUGUUAGGUAUUUUAUGCUCUCAUGUGUCGUGCUCUGAUGAAUCGGUCUUGUCGAUCGUCGACAAACUUUUGGAUACGGAGGAAAUAAGGCCUCUUGGAUUCAUCAUAUCUCGAUUGGCUCUAACCAAAAGACUUUCAUUGGUUGACCCGACAAGAUUUGAGAAAAUACUCGACCUUGCCACCACUUACCAGUCAUCGUCAGGUAAAUUCAGAGCAUCCUUUGAUUGUAUUUCGCAGCUUUCCCUGUUCGGAUGUCUAGGUCCGACUCAUAUGUUAACCAGCAAGUUGAGUGACUAUAGGGUAGCUAUUAUUGACCAUUUCAGGCCGUUGGUUAAGAAGCUUCAGGAUGAUAGAACAGCGAUGACCUGGGCUCACUUGAGACUUUCUGAAGCAUCAUCAGAAGAAGCCAACGAGGGCAACGAAUUGAUGAUGUUUGAGCAGACUUUAUACGAUGCGCACACCACAAAACAUUCUGAUUAUCUAUUCUCCCUAGGUGAAGCAUUCACGGUUGUUGCCUAUGGCUGGAGAUCACAUAUUAUGGAUGAUAAAGUUGAUAUCCAACAAGCUGCAGUUAAAGUAGCUGAAUUAGUGCCUGAUAUUGACCGCGUUCGUAUAGUUUUGAGUGCCAUACUAAAAGCCUGUGAAAGCACUAAACCGUCUUUGAGAAAGGCAGCUUGCAUUUGGUUACUCUCCAUGGUCCAGUACUGCGGUGACUCGCCAAGUAUCAAGAGCAAACUAAGCGAAAUUCAAGUGGCGUUUAUGAGGUUUUUAACUGAUAGUGAGGAUUUGAUCCAGGAAUCUGCUUCUCGAGGUUUAAGUAUUGUUUAUGAGAGGGGAGACUAUGAUUUGAAGGAUGAACUUGCUCACAAUUUACUUUUAUCAUUCACGGACUCAAAUAGGACGAGCAAGUUGAUCAGUGGAAGCAUUGGUGGAGAUACAAAAUUAUUUGAACCUGGCGUGUUGAAGACCGACGAAGGAUCGGUCUCAACCUACAAGGAUAUAUUAAACUUGGCCUCUGAGGUUGGUGAUCCAAGUUUGGUGUAUAGAUUCAUGUCUCUUGCCAAGAACUCUGCCCUUUGGUCCUCAAGAAAAGGUAUUGCCUACGGCUUGGGAGCUGUGUUGGAUAAAUCUAAAUUGGACGAGAUGCUACGCAAAGAUGAAAGCCUUUCGAGCAAACUUAUCCCAAAGUUAUACAGGUAUAGAUUUGACCCCAGCAAGUCUGUCUCAAAGACUAUGGAUGAUAUUUGGUCCGCGUUAAUUCUCGAUUCGAACAAGACUAUAGCUGAUAAUUUUGAAAUCAUUUUCAAGGAUUUACUCAAGGGUAUGGGAAACCGUGAGUGGAGAGUGAGAGAGGCCAGUGCCGCCGCACUUAACGAUCUUUUAAGGCACUUCCCUUUGACGAGAUAUGAGGACAAGCUCAGCGAUAUUUGGGCUAUGGCAUUUAGGAGUAUGGAUGAUAUUAAGGAGAGCGUGCGAAAGGAAGGUAAUCUUUUAACCAGAUACCUAGCAACCACAAUGGUCAAGAGGGUUUCUCAGCAGGGAAAGAGUUCCGAAGAGAGCUUGAAGCAGUUGAUUCCAUUUUUACUUGGUAAUAAUGGACUUUUAAGUGAUGCGGACGACGUGAAGUCGUUCGCCUUUGAUACCAUACUGAAGAUUGCGGAGACAUCGUCAUCUUCUUUGAAACCUUUUGUCAAUGAGAUGAUUGAGCAUAUGAUUUCCGUAAUGUCAUCAGUCGAGCCACAAGCGGUUAACUACUUGAGUUUAAAUGCAGACAAGUACAAGCUUAAGACUCAGGAUAUUGAUAUGCAGAGAUUAAAUAUGGUAGGUGGAUCACCGAUGAUGGGUGCCAUUGAGAAGCUUAUGAAUCUACUUGAUGCUUCUCUAAUGCCUGAUUUCGUGGAGAGACUUUCCAAUGCUGUGAAAAAUGCAGUUGGUCUACCCUCAAAAGUGACUGGCUCCAAAGUGAUUGUUGAUUUAAUUGUGAAACACUUUUUUUUGGCUCAGGAAUAUGGAAAUGACCUACUAAAGAUUUCAAUGAGCCAAUUGAAAAAUCAUAAUGACACAGUUUCAGGAUCAUACGCUAUAGCAACGGGAUAUUGUAUUAGAAUCGCACCGACGAAGAAAAUCCGAACUCUAUCGAACAAAUUAAAAAGAUACUAUUUUGAAGCACCUUCAGAUAACAAUUAUCUACAGAAGGUAUCUUCUAGAACAUGUGCUGCUGCGGCUAAGUACUCCAAGGACACGUUUCAAUCAGUGGCAUCCGACUUUUUGCCGUUGGCAUACAUUGGUAGACAUGAUUUAGAUGACAAAGUAUCGGAUGGCUUCAAGAAGGCAUGGGAUGCGUCAAUUGGUUCUGGAUCGAAUGCUAUUAAGCUCUAUUUCAAAGAAAUAUUAGGGCUUAUUAAGAGCAACAUCGAUACUGCUAACUUUGGCCUUCGUCACACCAUUGGCUUGUCUGUGAUUGAAAUCGUGGAUAGGCUAGGCUCACAGGUGGGAACUUUGUCGCAGUACUUGGAUGACUUUUAUAAAGUUUUAUUGGACUCGCUACAUGGAAGAACAUAUGAAGGAAAGGAGAAAUUGCUUGAUUCUUUGGUACUUUUGGCUGUGAACAACAAGGAUUACCUUGAAGAACAUGAAGAUAAUUACGAGAAGGUGCGUAAAUGCAUUAUAACGGAGGCUAAAAGAAAGAACAAAAGUUACAGGAAGCACAGCAUAAAGUCUUUUGGCAAAUUCCUAGGUACAUAUGCGGAAGAUUCAGAAAUGUACAGCACCUAUAUUGAGUUGAUAGAUUCUCUUCUUCAUCCCUCCAAAUAUGAAACGACGGAUGGUGAUAGUGAUAAUGACUCUAUGGAUACUGAUUCAGACUCAGAUAGAAGCGGCUCCAAGAAGAUGAGAGCUGCAAAGCUCGAGGAAUUCAGAAACUCCUUAUUGGAAAAUUUGAUUAUAGCUGUCAACAAGACUGAACCUAACUUUCAAUUGGUUCGGUAUAUUUUGGAUGACAAUUUGUCGUCGAUUGCCUCAGAGGUCAAUUCUUUUAAGACUAAGUUAGUGAUCAUGAAUAUAUUGACUGAACUCAUCAACAAACUCGAUCAUAGUGAUGGCUUUAAGGGCCAGCAGGGAAAGGAACUCGCCCAAAAAUGUCUGACUGUAUGGAAUGAGUUGACAAAGAGCUCAUCUUCUAGCGACAACUUGCAGUCCGUUCUUGUUAGUUAUAUUAGAUUAACCAAGUUGGUGGCUACGACUCUUUCUCCGCAAAUAGAUGAGGAUGUUGUGAAUAAAGCUACCAGUAUAUUGGAUACACUUGCGAAGGAAAAAAUCAAUUCCGUUAUCACCAUGGAAGCGGAGAGAACAUUGAAGAAGCUCAAGAAUUCACCUGGAAACAUAUAA